AUGUCGACGUGUACAGCAUGCCGGUUGGAAUUUACGUCGUUUCUGGAGCAAAAGGAUCACUUUCGCAUGGACUGGCACCGCUAUAAUCUUAAACGUAAAGUGGUGGAACUUCCACCGAUCUCAGAAGAGCAGUUUGAGCUUCGUAUGCGCAAAGUGCGCGAGGAGAAAGAGGCGCAGGCGGCUCGUGAUCCGAAACAAAAGCAGCGCACCCGUAAGGAUGAAUUGAAAAAGGCGGGCGUUAAGUCAAUGUUAAAGUGUGUACCUUGCAACAAACUGUUUACGACACGAAAUGCACAUGAGAACCAUUUGUCGUCCAAAAAGCAUAUCGAUAACGCAAAGAAAAUUCCUGAUUCUGCCGACAUGGUGGCCAUCGUAGAUAAACCAGUGCAAGGCGUCAUGUUAGAUGCCAUUUCUGCCCAAGAUACGGAUUUUGGCAACCCCACGGAAUUGACCGCGGAGGAGCUGGCUGAGGAAAUUGAGGAGUACAAGAAGCACGUGCCAUUAGAGAAAGAGGACUGCAUUUUUUGCUCGCACCAUGCAACAGACCUCAACUCGUCCUUAACGCAUAUGUUGAAAGAGCACGGUUUUUUUAUCCCGGACCUUGAUUAUUUGGUAGACUUGGAGGGCUUGAUCAGCUACGUGGCUGAAAAGGUUAAGGUUGGUUUCUACUGCUUAUAUUGUAACGGUAAGGGCAAGUCUUUCCGCUCUUAUCAAGAUGUGCAGAAGCACAUGACAUCUUUAUCGCACUGCAAGUUGCGCUAUGAGGAGGAGGAUCUGAAUGAGCUACUGGAGUUUUACGACUUCUCCAUGCAGUAUAAUACAAACAAAAUCGCUUCUACAGACGAAGAAGUUCAGUGGGAAACAGAUAGUGAGGCCAGCAUCGAUAGUGACGAGGAUGUGACUGAGGAGAAUGUAUCAAACCACGAGGCCGAAGAAGACACCAUUGAGGUUUCUGAGACAGGUGAGCUAGUGCUUGCGAGCGGCCGCCGUCUAGGUCGUCGUGAGUUUCGCCGUUACUACAGGCAGCGAUUUCGCCCGGACGAAACGCGAGCGUCAGUGCUUGCUGCACACAAGGAAAACCUUUUGUUGGCAUACCAAUCAGCGGGAGUCGACCAUCGCACUGGCAGCACAGCUCUAUCUACGGCGUUUGUGGCCAACUUUAUCAAAAAGCGCAAUAAUAUUGCAGGUGGUAUGUCGAUCGUAGAGGCCAAACGUAAGAACUUUUGGCACGAGAAAAACCGUUCACGAUUAGAUAACCGCAGUCACAAGCUGCAGAAAAAUCCCAAUCGUAGAGCUAUGGUGACCGUUUAG